AUGACCACCGUGGCCACGUCCGGCUUCCCAAGGCUAAAGAAUGAGUCCAUUGAGUUAUUUCAGAUGGUGAUCAUUAAGCAAGAAGGUGGACCUGGGGUGGCUGCCACAAAAGACUGCAAACAAAAGAGAAGCCAUACCAAUGCCAGGAGAUGUUUUGCUUCCAGUUCAGCCCUAGUGAGCCACAAAAGACUGCACACAGGAGGGAAGCCAUACCAAUGCCAGGAGUGUGGGAAAUGUUUUGCUUCCAGUUCAGCCCUGGUGAGCCACAAAAGACUGCACACAGGAGGGAAGCCAUACCAAUGCCAGGAGUGUGGGAAAUGUUUUGCUUCCAGUUCAGCCCUGGUGAGCCACAAAAGACUGCACACAGGAGAGAAGCCAUACCGAUGCCAGGAGUGUGGGAAAUGUUUUGCUUCCAGUUCAGCCCUGGUGAGCCACAAAAGACUGCACACAGGAGAGAAGCCAUACCGAUGCCAGGAGUGUGGGAAAUGUUUUGCUUCCAGUUCAGCCCUGGUGAGCCACAAAAGACUGCACACAGGAGAGAAGCCAUACCGAUGCCAGGAGUGUGGGAAAUGUUUUGCUUCCAGUUCAGCCCUGGUGAGCCACAAAAGACUGCACACAGGAGAGAAGCCAUACCGAUGCCAGGAGUGUGGGAAAUGUUUUGCUUCCAGUUCAGCCCUGGUGAGCCACAAAAGACUGCACACAGGAGAGAAGCCAUACCGAUGCCAGGAGUGUGGGAAAUGUUUUGCUUCCAGUUCAGCCCUGGUGAGCCACAAAAGACUGCACACAGGAGAGAAGCCAUACCAAUGCCAGGAGUGUGGAGAAUGUUUUGCUUCCAGUUCAACCCUGGUGAGCCACAAAAGACUCCACACAGGAGAGAAACCAUACCAGUGCCUGGCUGUCUGGCCAUCUGUCCAGACAGAUUUGGUUGUGUACUUGUGGCAUCGAACAACAGGGUUCUCUUCCUUGGUUAUACAUGGUUUUUCUUAUUAAGCCACCUGCAUGACGUUGGCUCUCAAUAUUUACAUUCCUCUCCAGCACCUCCAUGUCCCAACAGCCAGUACAGUAGAGUCUCACUUAUCCAACAUAAACAGGCCGGCAGAAUGUUGGAUAAGCGAAUAUGUUGGAUAAUAAGGAGGCAUUAAGGAAAAGUCUAUUAAACAUCAAAUUAGGUUAUGAUUUUACAAAUGAAGCACCAAAACAUCAUGUUAGACAACAAAUUUGGCAGAAAAAGUAGUUCAAUAUGCAAUAAUGCUAUGUGGUAAUUACUGUAUUUAUGAAUUUAGCACAAAAAUAUCACGAUAUAUUUAAAACAUUGACGACAAAAAUGCGUUGGAUAAUCCAGAACGUUGGAUAAGUGAGCCUCUACUGUACUAGGUUUUUGCCAUUUAAUAAACUGUACGCAUGUCAGCAUACACCCAAUGAGGAACCGUAUGUAAA